UAUUUCGUCGGAGUCCAUUUCGUUCCUCAUUUCCAGCUCACGGCUUCUUUUUCUCUCUCAAAUCGUUAAUUAGAAGCAAAAAAAAUAAUUUAAAAUUCCCCCAAAAUAAAUCACAAAUUAAUUCAAUCAUAAAAUAAGUGUUCCGAUCCGGUUUGUUAAAUUCAGUGCCGGACAGAUCAAGACUUGCGAAUAAGCUGAAGGAUAGAGAUGGGAAUCUUUGACGGACUUCCCAUUUCCCGAGAUAAAUCGUAUUUAAGGGAAGAGCUUUCCAAAAUAGAUGAAAAUUGGGCUGCUGCGCGCUUUGAUUCUUUACCGCAUGUUGUCCAUAUUUUGACAUCGAAAGAUCGUGAAGGAGAUGUGCAGAUCUUAAAGGAGCAGAGUGAUAUUAUCGAGGAAGUUGUUGAUGAAGUAGUUCAUGCCUAUCAUGGUGGCUUCAACAAAGCAAUUCAAAAUUAUUCUCAGAUUUUGCGGUUAUUUAGUGAAUCUACUCAAGAUAUUGGGGCCUUGAAGGUUGAUUUAGCAGAGGCAAAAAAACUUAUUGGAGCACGUAAUAAGCAGUUACAUCAAUUAUGGUAUCGAUCUGUUACUUUACGGCAUAUCAUAUCUUUGCUAGAUCAAAUUGAAGGCAUAGCCAAGGUUCCAGGCCGUAUUGAAAAACUCAUUGCUGAAAAGCAGUUUUAUGCUGCAGUGCAGUUGCAUCUUCAAUCAAGUUUGAUGCUUGAGAGAGAGGGGCUCCAAACGGUUGGUGCUCUUCAAGAUGUCCGGUCCGAACUGACAAAAUUGCGAGGAGUGCUUUUCUACAAGGUUUUGGAGGAUCUGCACUCCCAUCUCUAUAACAAGGGUGAAUAUAGCUCAGUGGUCUCGAGUAUAAAUGAAAUUGAUGAUGCAAUGCCAACUACCACAGCUAUUGCAUUUUCUAUGAACAAUUCACAGCCUCUCUCUCGAAGAACCAGGUUGCUUAAAGGAGACAAUCAGCUUGGAACAUUUGGUGCUGGAGAUAGAUUUUACAGACCUAGUUCUAUUGAUGGAGGCUCUUCAUUUGAUGGCCAUGACGAGGAUGUUGGCAUGGAUGGGCUAGACGAUGCUACAUCUGAUGGAUAUACCAUGCGGGUCAAUGGCGGUGAUACUGUUUCAAGGGAUGGAAAAAUUGUUUCUCUUCAUAUUCCCAUAUGGCUUUCCGAUUCUACUCCUGAUGAAUUUGUUGAAGCAAUGAGAAAGAGUGAUGCUCCACUGCAUGUUAAGUAUUUGCAGACCAUGGUUGAGUGCCUCUGCAUGCUUGGAAAAGUUGCUGCAGCUGGUGCCAUAAUAUCCCAAAGAUUGCGGCCUACAAUUCAUGAGAUAAUUACUACCAAGAUCAAAGCUCAGGCUGAUCAUGUUAACUGUUCAAGGACUGGCAUCGGCCAAGCUGCCUCGAAUAUGCUUACAGGUCUCCACUAUCUAAAAGGGCGGUUGGAGAGCCACCAAUUACCUAGACAAAAGCGUCAGAGUGGGAUACCAUUAGCUGGAACUUUGUUAGCAGUCAGCCCCGUCUCCCCAGUAAUGUCUCCUGCCGGAACAGCACAAACUGCAGCAAAGGAACUCCUUGAUUCAAUCUUUGAUACUGUUGUUCGAAUAUUCGAGAACCAUAUAAUUGUUGGAGAACUUCUAGAAUUGAAAUCUUUGCAACAAGUUGACUUGAACACGCCAAAAGUAGCGGCAGCAGAUAUUAACUGGAAUCCUGAUUCUGACGCAUCUCAUGAUACUGGAGGCUACACCCUUGGCUUUUCCUUAACUGUAUUGCAGAGUGAGUGCCAACAACUCAUAUGCGAGAUCUUACGAGCGACUCCUGAAGCUGCAUCUGCAGAUGCUGCUGUACAAACUGCUAGGCUUGCAAGCAAAGCCCCCUCAAAGGAUAAUAGGUCAGAAGAUGGUCUCUCCUUUGCAUUUCGCUUCACAGAUGCUACUAUACCGAUUCCUAAUCAGGGGGCUGACAUUAUUCGCCAAGGAUGGAGUAGAAGGGGACCAAGUGUUCUCCAAGAAGGUUAUGGGACUGCUGCAUUGUUACCUGAGCAAGGCAUAUAUUUAGCUGCAUCUGUGUACAGACCAGUUGUUCAGUUUACAGAUAAAGUUGCAUCAAUGCUUCCUGAAAAGUUUUCUCAACUUGGGAAUGAUGGAUUGCUAACAUUUGUGGAGAACUUUGUGAAGGAUCACUUCUUACCUACAAUGUUUGUAGAUUAUCGGAAAGGCGUACAACAAGCUAUAUCAAGCCCAGCUGCAUUUCGUCCACGAGCACAUGCAGCUAUCUCUUAUACUCCAUCAAUUGAGAAGGGAAGACCAGUUUUACAAGGACUAUUGGCAAUAGAUUUGUUAGCAAAAGAGGUACUUGGAUGGGCUCAAGCAAUGCCUAAAUUUGCUGGUGAUCUCAUCAACUACGUGCAAACUUUUCUGGAAAGAACAUAUGAAAGAUGUCGGACGUCUUACAUGGAGGCUGUCCUUGAGAAGCAAAGCUACAUGCUUAUUGGAAGACAUGAUGUUGAAAAUCUGAUGCGACUUGAUCCAGCCAGUUCAUGUUUCCAGAAUUCACUUGACCAGGGAAUUAGAGAACCCAAUGCAUCUGAUGCUGAGACCAUUGAGGUUGAAAUGGAAUUAAGUGAUAUAUUACUGAAUUUAAGGCCAAUUAAGCAGGAGAACUUGAUACGUGAUGAUAACAAACUUAUUUUAUUGGCAUCCUUGAGCGAUUCUUUGGAGUAUGUUGCAGAGUCAAUAGAAAGGCUUGGGAAUUCAUCCAUGAAAGAUCAUGAUCGGCGAGAAGAGAAGCGGAACCAUCAUUCUAGAACAAGUAGUGCACCUACCAAGGAUCUUGCAUCGUUUGCUGAAGAGUAUAGAAAAUUGUCAAUUGAUUGCCUAAAGGUUCUACGUGUAGAGAUGCAACUGGAGACUGUUUUCCAUAUGCAGGAAAUGACGAGUAGGGAAUAUUUAGACGACCAAGAUGCUGAAGAGCCUGAUGAUUUUGUUAUUUCAUUAACUUCCCAGAUAACCCGUCGAGAUGAGGAAAUGGCACCUUUUGUUGCGGGAGAGAAACGGAAUUACAUAUUUGGAGGAAUAUGCAGUAUUGCAGCAAAUGCAUUUAUGAAGGCUUUGGUUGAUAUAAAAUCUAUCAACCUUUUUGGUGUUCAGCAGAUAUGCCGUAAUUCAAUUGCACUGGAACAGGCUUUAGCUGCUAUCUCUUCGAUUGAUAAUGAAGCUAUACAGUUGAGAUUAGAUCGUGUCCGUACUUACUAUGAGUUGUUAAACAUGCCCUUUGAGGCAUUGCUUGCAUUCAUUGCAGAGCACAAGCACCUGUUCACGUCUGCAGAGUAUACAAAUCUUCUAAAGGUCCAGGUUCCCGGGAGAGAGAUUCCAUCUGAUUCAGAGGACCGCUUGGCUGAGGUUUUGCCCGGCUAAGGUUCCAAUGGGCAUACAGAUGCUUUUAUUACAGAGUUCAGAUUCAAGUAUCAUUGCAGACUGAAUUCUAGUAGCAGAAUUAUGGAGGCCAGAAGCUGAUCCAAUUCUACUGAAAUUGCCAAAUUUGGGUAUUAUUUUGUGAGUAUUUGUUCCUGGAGAUGACCACUAUUGCAUGCAUUUUAGUCUUUUUCUUCGUUUUUUCUCGUAGGAUCAAUUUUGUGGCCGAGGCUUCUGUCUGCGAUAAAUGAGGGUGUCCUUAGAUCUCGAUCGAUUGAUUACUUGUAAAUUAGUAUUGUUUAUAAUAAUAAUUACAUUGUUAUUAGUUUAGGGCUAAGAUAGAAAACGUGAUUUUUUUUUU